AUGCAUAGUGGUGGAGAUUCCACGCAGACUGAAAGUCCAAGAGAAAAUUCUGAAGAUCGCGUUAAGGUGUCCACUGGAGAAAAACAUUUUGAGUGUGACAUUUGUAAUGUGAAAUUCAGGCUUAGAGGAAGAUUGAAUGAACAUCUCAAGGUUCACACUGGCGAGAAACCCUUCGAGUGUGACAUCUGCCUUAGGAAGUUUUCCCAAAAAGGAAAUUUGAAUGCACACCGCAAGUUACAUACUAGCGACAUCCUCUUUGAGUGUGAUAUUUGCGAUUCAAAAUUUAGACAAAAGAGAAGUCUGAAUUCCCACCGUAAGUUGCACACCGAUGAAAAGACCUUCGAGUGUCAUAUUUGCCACGAGAAAUACUCGAGAAACAGGAAUUUGAUCGAACACAUCAAAAUUCACACUGGCGAGAAACCCUUUGAGUGUGAAGUUUGUCAGGAAAAGUUCAGGCAUAGAAAAACCUUGUAUGAUCACCGUAAGUUGCACACUGGUGAAAAACCUUUCGAGUGUGACAUCUGCCUUAUGAAGUUUACCCAAAAAGGAAAUUUGAAUUCACACCGCAAGUUACACACUAGCGACAUCCUCUUCGAGUGUGAUAUUUGCAAUUCAAAAUUCAGGCAAAAGAAAUGUUUGAAUAAACAUCUCAAGGUCCACACUGGCGAGAAACCCUUCGAGUGUGACAUCUGCCUUAGGAAGUUUUCCCAAAAAGGAAAUUUGACUGCACACCGCAAGUUACAUACUAGCGACACUCUCUUUGAAAAACCCUUCGAGUGUCAUACUUGCCACCAGAGAUACUCGAAAAACAGGAAUUUGCUCGAACACAUCAGAAUUCACACUGGCGAAAAACCCUUUGAGUGUGAAUUUUGUCAGAAAAAGUUCAGGCAUAGAAAAACCUUGAAUGAACACCGUUACGUGCACACUGGUGAGAGACCCUUCGAGUGUGACAUCUGCCAUAAGAAGUUUAGGCAAAGUGGCACUUUCAAAGCACACUGUAAAUUGCACAAUGAUGAAAAUUUCUUCGAAUGUAACAUUUGCUAUAAAAAGUUCAAGCAAAAAAAAAAUUUAAGAACACAUAGUAUGGUGCACAUUGGCAAGAAAUCUUUUGAGUGUGACAUAUGCAGUGCAAAAUUUAUGCAGAAAAGUAGUUUGAAUAGACACCGUAAGGCGCAUGCUGGUAAAAAAUCCUCCGAGUUUUACAAUUCUACUGAACCCGUUGAGUUGGAAAAAAUUAGCACUACAAGCAAGCAUCUCAAGUUAGAAGUUGAUGAAGAUGAAUGCAAGACCGAAAUCGAAUACAACGAACUACUAUUUGAUGGAAGAGAAAAUGUCAACACAAUGAAGAAAGAGGAAAAUGUCAUUAUGGAUCUGGGACAUCACAUAAUUGAGAAACCAUUCCAAUGUCUUAUUUGCUACAAAAACUUUGCAAGCCCUACAACACUGGCUAGGCACAGUAUAUCACAUGCACAAGAAAAACCAUUCCAGUGUGGCACUUGUCCCAAGGAAUUUGCUAGUGAGAGUUUGUUGAAAAUACACAAUAGAGUGCAUAGUGGUGAACGACCUUAUGAAUGCCAAAUCUGCCUGAAAAAAUUCAAAAUGAAGUCACAUUUGAAGGACCACACUAGAGUGCACACAGGGGAAAAACCAUUUGAAUGUGUUUCAUGCCAAAUCAAAUUUACAAAUAAAAGUUCAUUGAAUGUUCACAAUGUAAUGCAUUCUGGUGACAGAUCAUAUGAAUGUGAAGUGUGUUUGAAGAAAUUCGGGAGAUCCUCCCAUUUAAUUGACCAUAUGAUAGUGCACACUAAAGAAAAACCAUUUGAAUGUGAUAUAUGUGGAGUAAGAUUCACUAAAAAGAGUUCCUUGAAUGUACACAACUUGGUACAUGCUGGUAAUAAAUCAUUUAAAUGUGAUGUUUGUCUGAAACAAUUUGGAAAAAAGUCUCAUCUGACUGACCACAACAGAGUACACACUGGAGAAAAACCAUUUGAAUGUGGGUUAUGCCAUAUGAGAUUCACUUGUAAGAGUUCCUUAAAUGUUCACACUCAGCUACACAAUGGUGAUUUACCAUUCCAGUGUGAAACUUGUUUGAAAAGAUUUGUGAAAAACUGUCAAUUGAAUGAACAUUUAAGAGUUCAUACAGGUGAAAAACCAUUUGAGUGUGGUUUAUGCCAAAAAAAAUUUAUGAGCAAAAAGCAGUUGAAUUCACACAAUAAAGUCCACACUGGAGAAAAACCCUUUGGAUGUGACAUUUGUUCUAGCAGAUUUGGAAAGAAGUGUCACCUGUUAGAACAUAGUAGAGUGCACACCAAUGAGAAGCCAUUUGAAUGCAGUGUAUGCCCGUUGAAGUUCAAGAAUAAAAGUUCUUUGAUUGUCCACAAUUUAGUGCACACUGAUGAUGAUAAGCCAUUUGAAUGUUCUGUUUGUCUGAAGAGGUUCAGAAAGAGGAGCCUUUUGAAUGCACACUAUAAAAUACACACUGGUGAGAUGCCAUUUGAAUGUGGUGUAUGUCUGAAGAAAUUUUUGACUAGGAGCAUGUUGAAGCUACACAUUAUAGUCCACACAGGAGAAAAGCCAUUCAAAUGUAAAAUAUGUGAAAGAACCAUGGCAAGGAAAUUUCAAUUGACUAGUCAUAUGAGAACACACACUGAUGAAAAGCCAUUCAAAUGUGAUGUUUGCAAGGAAACAUUCAAGAGAACAACAGAGCUAACUAGGCACAGGAAAGUGCACAAUGAAGCAGCAUUGCCUAGUAAUUCUCUGGAAAAACUUGAUAGUGAAAUGGUUAAAGGAGAGAUGUUUAAACUUGAAGAGUACUCAUCUCAAUUUCCAGAUUGUGAGAUGCCCAUAACAGAUGACAAUAAUUGUUAUGACACUUCUGGGUCAUUGGAAUCUGGUAUAGACAAUGUUGACUUGAUGAUUCCCCAAUAAUUGUGAACUGUGAAAAUAGGUCAAUCUGGAGGAUUAUUUAACUAUUAUUGGAGCUAACUUUUGAAUAAGUAUAGCAGUGCUGUGGAAUAUUGUCAUAUCAAGAACCUGCUGAUCCUGCUAGACAUAUCUCAAAUUUUGAUUUUGGAUAUUUCAAAUCUAGGAGUUGUUUUUUCAACAACUAUGUAAAAUUAUACCUUUGACUAUUCAGAUUCGAAAGGUAAAUGAAUAUGGAAUACUCAGAUAGAAAUCUAUAAGUAUUUUUUACAGAAAUUACACUUAUCAACAUUUAACUAGAUGAUGGAAUUGAAUCUGGAGAAUUACCUUCAUAUAGAAGCCUAUCAUUGGAUGGAGAUAGUGAAAGUGUGGUAAUGGCAUUGCUGAACCCUAAAUCAAUAAGUCUAUCACAUGAUAUGGGUCUUGGAUAUGGCUUGGAGCUUGCAAUUGAAAUGUUAAUACAGUACACAAUAGGUUAUAAGUUGAGUUGUGCAUACACUCAAAAUUGAUACAUACAGACCUGCAAGAGGCAACCAGAUCAUAAAAAAUUUCCCCACAAUUUCUAAGUUCACUUUCUCCUGAAGGGUUUAUAUAAUUUUGAUAUUUACUCUAGGUUGAUUCAUCAGGAAAGAUGUAUAAAUCUUUAUUCAGAUUUUCAUUUGAUCUUAUAGGUAGGUACUCAGAGUACAUGUUGUUUUUCAUGCAUGUUAGUAUAGUAUAGGUUGGUAUGAAAAAUGCACUAGGAAUUUGUUAGGACUGCAAAGAUUAAUCAAUCAUAGAAAACUCCAUAUUAGGGGAUUUGAAGUGAGAUAUGCC